AAGUUGCCAGAAUCCAUUAAAUGUGCACGUGAUAGGUGUCCACUCUUUCAGACAUGUCAGACAGAGAAGUUACUUACGACAGUUAUCUUGCUCUGGAUCGGUUGCUCCAUUGUCAGGAACUCGAGAGCGAAAAGGCUGGAGGAAAAGUUCAUGACGAGCACCUUUUCAUUAUUGUUCACCAAGCAUUCGAGCUUUGGUUUAAACAAAUCCGUGAAGAUCUCCAUUCUAUUAUAGAGACAUUUCAAAAAUCUGAUUUUGAGGACAGGCGACAUUGUGCUGGAAUAACAUCAAAACUAGGACGAGUCAUUCUUAUUCAGAAGCUGAUCAUCGGUCAUUUUGAAAUAAUGGAAACGAUGCCUCCAGCGACCUUUCUUAAUUUUAAAAAAUACUUGCGAAGUGGAUCUGGAUUUCAAAGCUUGCAGUUUCGUCUAAUUGAAAAUACCAUCGGUCUUCAGAGGGGGACUAGGAAAUCACACAAAGAAGGCAAGGACUAUACAGAUGCAUUUGACGAGAAACAAAAGAAAGAGGCACUGAAAUCAGAGAAAGGACCCUGUCUGUUUACUGUCGUAGAGAGUUGGCUGGAAAACGUGUUUAAAAAGUAUGUCAAUGACAGGAAAAUCUAUAUUGACGAGUUACACAAAAUGGUUGUUACGUGGUGGCAGGAUGCCAAGGAUCAUUGCGACAGGGAGGCCUUUAUGGAGAUUUUGGAUGAGACUAAAUACAAAGACAGUGGCAGACGAUUCAGUUAUGAAGCAUUUCACGGAGCCUUGCUGAUUUCACUACACCAAGAGGAACCUGAGUUUCAAAAAGGAUAUGAAAUAAUCAAACUCGUGAUGGAUGUUGACGCUUUAGUCUCCAAAUGGCGUCAUACCCACGUGCUUAUGGUUCAUCGAAUGUUGGGGAAGAAGUCAGGAACAGGGGUUACUUCAGGAUACGACUACCUUAAAAAGACCAAUGAUGACGCUUACAGAGUAUUUAUUGAACUCUUCAACAUGGCUGCGUUUCUCAUUCCUUAUGAAUACAAACCAAGGGGAAAGACACUUUAUAAACAAAACUAAUACCAGAAUGAAUUAAAAUGCAGAAACCUCAACAAAGGACAGAUAUAUAUAUUUUUAAAAAGCAUUGACACUUUGUAUGGAUCACAUGUAAAAGCUACAUAGUGGAUCGAUAAAUAAUGAUAGUUUAUCUAAGGUGUACGAUUAUAUAUAUAUAUAUAUAUAUAUAUAUAUAUAUAAAUGUAACUCUCGAUGACUCGAAGUUCUCGAUCUCUCGAAGUGAACCUCCGGUCCCGCUUUUUAGUCCCCUGCCGUUGAAACCGGAGGGAAAUAAUUAUAGGUUUCCUCUGAGUCUGUCCGUCUGUCUGUCUGUCUGUCUGCCUGUCCCUUUGUCUGUCUGUCAGUCUGUUCCACUUGGUUUUCCACACUUUUUUUUCUAAACGCUUGCAGAUAUUGACCUGAUUUUUGGUAUGUGAGUGUAUCUUGAUGAGUUACAGAUCAACUUUGCAUUUCGUUCCACUUCAGUGAUUUUUGACGAAAUUACGACCUUUUCAAUUUUUCAGGGUUUUCCGAAUUUUUUCUAAACGCUUGCAGAUAUUGAGCUGAUUUUUGAUAUGUGACUUUACCUUGAUAAGAUAUAGAUCAAGUUUGCAUUCUGCUCCGCUUCAUUGAUAUUUGACGGAAUUAUGGCAUUUUCAAUUUUAAAUGGGAACCAGAUUACACUUGCCGGUAGGGGACUAGUAUUGCUAAUGCAAUACUCUCUAGAAUGCUUGUUUCCUCUAUAUAACUAAGCAAAUUUACUCCUGAUCUCUCGAACUCCUGAUCUCUCGAAGUUCUCUAUCUCGAGAACCAAGAUCUGGGUUCCGUUACACACAUUUCAUUGUUUUUUACUCUCUAUCUCUCGAAGUUUUGAUUGCACAUGUAUACAUGUCAAUCAAGCGUAAAAUUAAUGCAGCUUAGACUUACCUGGAUAACAGUGAACGCCUGGGGCUGGGAUGGACGUGUUAAUUGGGUGUUUGCAUAGAUAGCACUACACUUGUGAAUCGUCCGAGUGUUGAUAUAAUUAAUUGGUUAAUUGGUAAAUUAUUAACAAAUCGCUUCACUACUUAUUUUGACUGGACGAGACGAUAAUGUUGAGAAAAUAAUUUAGGGACGUGUCAGUAAUUUUCCAUAGAUUAUGAACUUUAAUAUUAUUAUAGUCUACACAAUCCCAGUUUGGCAAACAUUGCACAAGAAAUCCUAUCUCAAGAACUGAAUACCGAUUACGAGCAAUCUUGUGAAGGACCGAUCAAGCCCGGGGGAGAGCAAAUUAGACAAUUGCUAUCCAGGUUUCAUUUAAUCAUGAAAUGAGAACAAAUAAAUAUUGAAACUUAAAAUAAUCAUUUUACUUAUUCAAAAUACGAUCGUUGUUUUUGAAAUCAAGUAAAUUACCAGUAAAAUACGGAAGAAAACGUGUAACGACGUUAUCAAGAUAUACUUCCGGUAUGUAUAAUAGUAGAACAAUGAUGAUCGGAUCUGAAAUUUCCGGAUUUUAUUCACUUUCUAUCUCUCGAACCCCCCGAUCUUACGGUUCCUUGAACUUCGAGAGAUCGAGAGUCACCUGUAUAUAUAUAUAUAUAUAUAU